AUGCCCCCAUAUAGACUAUUUUUCGAUAAGGUUUGCCAUCUUCCAGUGGAGUUCGAGCAUAAGACAUUCUGGACAGUGAAACAAUGCAAUAUGAAUCUUGAGAAAGCGGGGGUCCAUAGAAAAUUGCAGAUACAAGAGUUGGAAGAGAUUAGGAAUGAGGCAUACGAGAAUGCAAUGAUUUACAAGAAAAAGAGCAAAAUCUUUCAUAAUCAAAAAGUCUCAAGAAAAUCAUUUGUAGUGGGACAAAAAGUCCUCUUGUAUCACUAUACGUUUAAACUUUUUUUCGAUAAGCUGCGUUCUUGUUGGAUUGGUCCAUUUGUUGUUUCUAAUGUUUUUCAUUAUGGUGCAAUGGAGAUCAAAAGUUUGAAGACGAAGAAGAAGUUCGUAGUGAAUGGUCAUCGUCUCAAACCUUACUAUGAAGGAUUCUCCAUUGAGGAAGUGGAGUUCAUACAGCUCGAGGAUCCAACUUAUCCUGCUUGA